AUGUCCAAAGUAGCCCACGCCUACGACGACGACAAGCCCGGCGCCGACCUUCCCCGCGACGCUCCGGACGGCCAGGUCAACGACCCCUCGUAUAAGACCAAGGGCACUGAAGCCGUUCCCGUCAUUGACGAUGAUGCGCCCGUUGAGGAUCCGGUGCGCCCGGAGGAGGCGGAUAGUGAUGAUCAGCUGGCCAAGGACGAAGUCGAAGCCAUUGAUAAAUCCAACAUCAUUGACGAGAAGACGAGACACGCCACCAAGCCGGCGGGCACGUACCGGGAGCCGAGCGAUGAGCAGAUGGGGUUGACUGAGUAG